AGGGCGGGGCCACGCCAGGCAAGAUGGCGUACCAGACUUUCCGCCAGGAGUACCUUCAGGUUCCGCCGGUCACCCGGGCCUACGCCACCGCCUGCGUCCUCACCACCGCCGCCGUGCAAUUAGAGUUAAUCACUCCAUUUCAGCUGUACUUCAACCCGGAAUUGAUAUUUAAGAAUUUUCAAGUAUGGCGGCUUAUCACGAACUACCUUUUCUUCGGACCAGUUGGGUUUAACUUUUUGUUCAAUAUGAUCUUUUUAUAUCGCUACUGCCGGAUGCUGGAAGAAGGGUCCUUUCGUGGCCGGACGGCAGACUUUGUCUUUAUGUUCCUUUUUGGCGGACUCUUGAUGACCCUUUUUGGCCUGUUUGUCAACCUGGUGUUCUUAGGGCAGGCCUUCACCAUCAUGCUGGUCUAUGUUUGGAGCCGCCGGAACCCCUUUGUGCGCAUGAACUUCUUUGGGCUCCUCAUCUUCCAGGCCCCAUUCCUCCCCUGGGUUCUCAUGGGGUUUUCACUCUUGCUGGGGAACUCCAUUAUCGUGGACCUCUUGGGCAUUGCUGUCGGCCACAUCUAUUACUUCUUGGAAGAUGUCUUCCCAAACCAGCCCGGUGGAGGAAGGCUUCUGAGGACGCCCUCCCUGUUGAAAGCGAUCUUCGACACGCCGGAAGAAGACCCUAAUUAUAACCCGCUGCCGGAGGAGCGGCCAGGAGGCUUUGCUUGGGGAGAAGGGCAGCGUUUGGGGGGCUGAAGGCGCAUGAGCGAGAGAGAGAAACCCAUACACUUUUAUGAAGACUUCUUUGGACAAGUUUGACCCCUCCUUUGGCCUAAUGAACAUACAAAGCACUUUGCAGGACAGAGACACAUUUGGUUCGUAUUCCAGGGGGAAACAACAAACUGCCUGAGCCGAACCGAAGAUGACAUUUUCUCCAGUUGUCUCUCAACAACAACAACAUACAAAUAUAUAUAUAUCUAUUUUGAAAGUUUCCCAGUUUCAUUUGGUACCAGAAACCGGGAAUACACAAACGUUUUGAUUUUAACGCUCUGUAGGAGACGUCACUUUAAAUGUCUGGCUUUGGACAUGAAGGCCAGAUUUUCCUUCUCAAAAAAAACGUUUACAAAAGCGCGGGAAGGCAAAGACGAAGACGUUUGACCGGGUUCUAGAUCCAGACUUGGGACCCAAUCUGCAUAGAAUUGGUCUUCAAAGAGAGGCUUUGGUGACGCAGGGGACAUCACAUGCUUUCUGCCGGCAAAAGGGUUUUGAGGCUCUUUCUGAAGCCUGAGAAGAAGCAGCCACCCUUUGCUGGAGUCAGGCAGAAACUGCGUUCACUGUCAAUAAAUGCCACCAAACGCUGAGAAAA